UGAAGAGCUUGCAUAUGAAAAAUACCAUUUGUACAAACGUGUUUUUCCUUGCACCUCCUUACAUUUGUUUUCUCGUGUUAUCCGAUGCAAGUUGCCCUUCUUAGUUCUUACUACUCCUCAGCAUAACUUUCUUACCGAGACGCUGAAAUUUUGAGUUUUUCACAUCCUCCUAGGUACUAACAUGGCAUCUGCAGUGAUCAGAGUCCCACGGUACUUUAAGAAUUUUAAUUCCUGCCAAUCGUAUAGUUAUUAAAUUAAUGGACUUUACAUGGAAUCCAAGUUAUUAAUCAGGUCAUCCCUGCUCGCUCACACUCUCCAAGAAUGCAUCCGAACCCAGUCCAUCCCGCUCACCAAACAGCUUCACUCUAUCAUCCUUACAUCCGGGUGUUUCAGAGAGCGAUUUGUGGCCAAUCACCUCAUCAAUGUCUACUCAAAAUUGGGCCGUUUAGAUGUUGCGCAUUUUUUGUUUGAUAGAGUGCACAACAGAAAUGUCCUGUCUUUUAAUAUUUUGCUGGGAGGGUACAUAUGGAACGGAAAUUUAAGUGCUGCUAUGAACUUGUUUGACAAAAUGCCUGAUAGAAAUUUGGCAACUUGGAAUGCGGUUAUAAAUGGGUUCGCCCAGUUCGAGUUCAAUGAAAAGGCAUGGAACUUGUUCUUUGAAAUGCACUUGCUUGGUUUCUCACCUGAUGCAUUUACUCUUGGGAGUGUUCUCAGAGCUUGUGCUGGAUUAAGAGAUUUGAGCAAGGGAAAACAAGUUCACUCUUAUGCUUUGAGGUCAGGGUUGGAUGGUGAUCUGGUUGUUGCAAAUGCACUGGCUCACAUGUACAUGAAAUCUGGGAAUCUUGAAGAAGGCGAGAUAUUGAUUAAGGGGAUGCCGUUUCAGAAUUUAGUUGCUUGCAAUACUCUUAUUGCAGGUAAGGCACAAAGCCAAUGUUCUGAAGGUGCUCUGGAUCUUUAUAACAUGAUGAAAAUGGAAGGGUUGAGACCCGACAAGAUUACAUAUGUAAGUGUGAUCAGCUCAUGUUCUAAGUUGGCUGUUCUUGGACAGGGGCAACAGAUUCACACUGAGGUGAUAAAAUCCGGAGCCAUCUCAGUCGUUGCUGUUGUCAGCUCAUUGGUCAGUAUGUAUUCAAGGUGUGGAUGUUUGGAUGACGCAAUUAAGGUGUUUGAAGAGAGGAAGGAAGCAGAUAUAGUUUUGUGGACUGCAAUUAUAGCUGCUUAUGGGUUUCACGGGAGAGGACAAGAGGCGUUAGAAAUAUUUGAUAGUAUGGAAUUAAUAGGACUGGAAGCAAAUAACGUCACUUUCUUGAGCGUGCUUUAUGCAUGUAGUCACUGUGGGCUGAAAGAUAAAGGGCUUGAGAUUUUCUACUUGAUGGUGCAAAAGCAUAAUUUAGAACCUCAACUGGAACAUUACACCUGUGUGGUUGACCUUUUGGGAAGAUCAGGUCGUUUGGAUGAAGCUGAAGCUUUUAUAAGAUCUAUGCCUGUCAAGGCAGAUGCUAUCAUAUGGAAGACUCUUCUAUCAGCCUGUAAAAUCCACAAGAAUGUAGAUAUGGCCGAAAAGAUAGCUACAGAAGUCCUAAAGAUUGAUCCUCAAGAUUCAGCUUCUUAUGUGCUUCUUUCUCACACCCAAGCCUCUGCUAGAAGGUGGAAGCAUGUCUCAGAAGUUUGGAAAGCAAUGAAAGAGAGAGGGGUGAAGAAAGAGCCAGGGGUGAGCUGGGUUGAGUUAAAGAACCAGAUUCAUCAAUUUAUUAUGGGCAGCAAAUCUCAUCCACAGUGCGAAGAGGUUGAAAAUUAUCUGGAUGAACUAACUGCUGAAUUGAAGCUAAAUGGGUAUGUGCCAGACACGGCAUCAGUUUUGCACGACAUGGAUGUGGAGGAAAAAGAGCACAACUUGUUACAUCACAGUGAGAAGUUGGCAAUUGCUUUUGCUCUCAUGAACACCCCCGAUGGUGCGCGGAUUAGGGUGAUGAAGAACUUGCGAGUGUGCAAUGACUGCCACCUUGCAAUCAAGUACAUUUCCAAGAUCAAAGGGCGAGAGAUUGUUCUUCGUGAUUCCAGUAGGUUUCAUCACUUCAAAAAUGGGCAUUGUUCUUGUGGAGAUUACUGGUGACUUGAGAGGAGUUCAAUUUGAACAAAGUAGUCAUACAUUUCUGGGAAGCUGGUUGUGUCAAGACUCCUGCAUGAAAGGAUGCUUUAUAGUCAAGCUGAUAUGAGUAACAAUUCUGAUGGGGACUGGGGAGGAAGUAUUUGUAGUAUCCCGUGAGACCAGUUAAUUUUCUGCGCUGUGUUAUGGACAAGUUUUGGGGUCAAACAUAUCAAAGGCGCAGGAUGGGCCAAAGGGGUGAUCGGCCCGAAGGAAUUCAGUCCAAUGAAGCCACUGAAAGUGGCUGACUUUUUGACUCAUUGAUGAAGUAUCAUCUCACAAUCUUUUGCCUUUUAUUGUUGGUGGAACGAUUUACUAUAUACAGAUGUAAGAAGAAAGGCCUUGGCACUUGCUUGGAGUAACUACCACCUUUGAUGUUUUGGCACAUGGGUAAACCUGCAGCACGAAGACUAUUAAUAAGAAGAAUUACUGAGGAAAUGUCAUUCUUUGGUUUCAAUGCCUGUGGUGUGAAGGAAUGUUUUUUUUAUUUGUUUAUUCAUUAUUUCAUUAAAUAGCAUUAUUUGUUAGAGAACUCAUUGAAAACAUUUUCGUUUAGGAAAAAUAAUGCUUCCAUAUAUUCCUAAUUAUCACACUAGGCAGAAUGGCCAUGUAAAUCCCACUAAGCUAUCAUACGUAGUAUUUUAUUUCAUAGUAUGU